AUGGACAAGAAGCUGUCACUGAAGCUAAAUGGUGGCCGGCACGUCCAGGGGAUACUGCGAGGAUUCGAUCCCUUCAUGAACCUCGUCAUAGAUGAGUGCGUGGAGAUGGCGUCGGGAGGCCAGCAGAACAACAUAGGGAUGGUGGUAAUACGAGGAAACAGCAUCAUUAUGUUAGAAGCCUUGGAACGAGUAUAGAAAGUGGUGAAACCCACUCGGUGACAGUGUGUG